AGAAAUUUCAAGAUGGCGGACGUCUACGUGGCUUUUGCGCUCUCACUUUACAAACUUUUUCAUUUUCCAAAAUCUUCCCUGUUAGCUGAAUGUCAAGGGACGUCAUCUAAGGGCAAUAAAGCUGUAUGAAAUAAAUGCACUCUGUAAGAUGACAGACUCUGAAGGAGCUAAGGAGCGUGUGUUGAGAAGGCUUGAAACAGACAUUACUUCUGCUGACGUUCGCUGGAGUUUGUUUAUUUCAGCAUUAGAAAGCUACAGACAUGACAGUAUAUUGCGACCAUUUCCUUCUGCAUAUAUAGAAGAUGAUGGGAACAAGAAUUUUCAGGUUCUGGUGAGUGCUUGACAAAAAGAAUUUUUUUAAAAGAAAAAAUGCUAGUUACCUCAGGGCCAUUCCAUUUUAUGUCCAUACCCACCCUGACAUGAUUUUCUUUAAAACUUUUGAUUUUUGAUUAUGUAAGUCCCCCUCCAUAACCUGUCCUAGGAUCACCAUGUUUAUUUUUUUUUUCCCUAUUUUUCAAGAUCCAGAUUUGUAGCACAGUUCCUUCAUUUGACAAGUUGGUGAGAGGUAAUCAAACUAUUAUUUCUCAGGAAGCUUGGGAACUAUUGGAUUGGUCACUGGACAGAACAUUUACUCUGAAAACGGUUGACAAAUCUAAGGUAUUUGAACUUCUAUUCCAAUGUAAAGCUGUACGGAGACAAGAAAACAGUUGUCAGUUUUCUCUCAAUGUUGGUCUUUGCAAGUUGCAAAGGAUGGCAUGAUAUUUACACCCAAAGACCAUGAGCUUCACAAAAUAAAGUGGUCCUUGCGAGGUGCAAGACAAAAGAGCCUCAUAUGCCCAUAGUCUCACUCUUUACAUUUUUCACUCUAACUCUACAAUGACUUUAGUCCUUGGGUUCCUGCAUGCUCAUAGGCUAUGACCAAUAUAAAAUUACGCAUUCUUUGAAGCCUAAAAAUAUCUAUAUGCAUCUUCUACCUCCCACCCAUCAAAGGACAGUAAAAAUUAUGGCUCUGAGGGGAGGGUAAGGGAAGCCUCUAACCACUACAAACCCCAAGCUAAGGUACAGAAAACACUCCCAUAUAAGAUCCUGUGGAUUUAAGAACUUCCAGGCAGAAAUUUGCCACUUUAAUACCCAAAAGCAGGUUCUUUUAUGUGGGUUGCAGUUAAAAAAUUAUAAAUAUACAGUUUAACCAAGGGGUGUAUAAGACAGUAUAAUACGAAGAACAUACCAUACCAAACUGUAACUGUAUUAAUCCAAACAACAAAAGCAAGUUUUUAUAAAGAAGAGUGUGUAAUUUAUUAUUGUCUUCAUGGACCUUGGAUAAAAGAGGUAUAUUUUUAAAGGACCAAACCCAAGUUUAUUUAUUUUUCUGAUAAUCAAUAAUCAGUCAUAGAAAUUAAGAACCUACUCAGCCUAAAUUGCCAAUAAGUUAGUUCCCCAAAAUACAAGAACCCAUUUUGCCAGACUUAAAAAAAAGUAGGUUCUUUAUGCGGGUGUUAACUGUUGACAAUGAACUGUCCUGAAACGCACCUCUCUACAAACUGGUCACAUAAAACUCUGUCCAGAAUACAUCCCACUAGCCUUUAAGAUAUUUUUUCUGUAAUAUUUAUGCUUUAGUUCUCCGAGAUAGAACAGAAGACUGGUCAGGCAAGUUACAGUUCCACAGAACCUGAUUACAUAUUUGAAGUUGAGUACAGUGAGACAAAUACUCACAGCACAAAGUUUGAUGAAUUAUCACAGUCCUGUGAUGUUUGGUAUGCUUACCAUGGCAGCAGAGUGGACAAUUUUCAUUCCAUUUUACACAAUGGAUUGCAUGCACAUUUAAACAAGGUAAGUCUUCGGGUGUUUUUGUGUAUUUCUUUUAGCUUAAAUAUGGAGAAAUGAUUCUCUUGCCACAAUACAGCAUACAAGUCCUUGGAAGAAACAACCACCAUGUCAAACAUACAUUUUCACUUCACACCAACUACUUUGUUUAAAACUUUGUUACAGAAUGUAGUUAUUCCUAUAGCAAAAUAAAGAGCCAUUGUUUUAAUUUAUUUUUGAGCAAGAGUGAAUACAAAUAAAGAUUGUUGUAGUUGUUGUUGUUAAAGAGAAUUAACCCUGCUCACAGUGUUCUCCUUAUCAGGUGGUGACCAGUAAAAUUUACGGCCUGAAGCAACACUUCUUACUACCUGCAACUGCUUGAAGGUUUACUAAAAGUAAAUAAAUUGUUUUAAAAAAUACUCAAGUUGUGAUCCGAUUCGAUUCCGCCAAGGAAGUGAAUGAAUAUAUGGAAAAGUACUAAAGUAUACACCUGCAGCUUUUCUUUUUAUAUGGGCCGCGCAUUUUGGAAAGAGAACAUUAAGGUCAAAGUAAAGUUAUUGGAACCAAACGUUUUAAAUUGUUGUCUAAAAAUAACUUCAGCCAAUUUGCGUAAAAUAGGUCUUAAAAUGAGGGAAUGACGUUUCAGAGAACUUAGUUCCUAAAUUUACCAGUGAGGGUGGGUCCACUAUCCCCCUCCCCCUGGGAAAGUACACUUCUGGCCCUAGUUGUUCAAAAAUCAAUAUCCAUUGGAUAAGUUUUUGGAAAACCAAUUGCGCUAUCCAGUGGAUCGAGAUUCAUCCGCUGGAUAGUGCUAUCCACCUUCUAAACAACUAGGGCCUGGUGCAUAUUUUUUGCCUUACCGGCCAUGAUUGGCUCCUUACCUGCUGAGCUAAAAUUUAGGCAGAACACUGUAUUUCCCAGUCAUCUGGCAAGUGCCAUCCCAGAGGUCACUGCAUGGGUACUGCUAGAAUGGACCUGGACUGGCUCACUUAAGCAGCUGCCAAUUAUCUUUUUUCAAUAACCUUAGACAGUGGUUGUUUACCAUUUACAAAAAAGUUCCAGAAAAUCCAGUUGGAAAGAACAUGUAAAGACUUUUUGGGUUGUUUCAGUGGAAAUUUCCAGGAAGAACAGAACAUCUGAACGGGUAGUUUUGUUUUCUUGAUCGCAAUGUUCCAAACAGAAAUUUGUGUUCCAUUUUUUCAAAGCCAUGUAUGAUACCAGUUUCAGGCUUUAGUGGCCGUUUUAUGGUAAAUGGAACUGAUUUAUAGUGCAAAUGAUAAAGGCAAUUCCGGGUUAAAAUUAACCAGUCCUGAAUUUUGCUUACCAUUAAUUUUGCUUAAAUCAUGAACUGACCAGUUCGCCCAUGUAAAUGGUAAACAAUCAGCAACAAUACCUUAAUAUAUUUUUCGCUUCAUAUAGACAUCAUUCUUUGGCGAAGGAACCUACCUUUCAAGUGACCUUGCUGUAUGCAUGAUGUAUAGUAACUAUGGACAAGGGUGGAAGAACAGUGCGAUUGGAGACAAAAUCAGCUGUGUUGCAGUCUGUGAGGUCUUGGACCACCCAGAUGUCAAAUGCACAGUCAAAUCAAAAGAUAGUAAUGAGAGACAAAACCGUUCACGGGCGCGAGCAAGAAACAGUGAGGGAGGGGAUGUUCCUGAGAGAUAUUAUGUGGUCACAAAUAACCAGGUGGUCAGAGUCAAAUAUGUGCUGGUAUAUGCCGAGAAGAAAACUCCAGCCAGGUAUGUUCAUUAAGCCCCAAUGUCCACAUACAAAUUCUCCAGACUGACCUCAAUACAUUUCCUUAUAAGAUUAGUCAAGAGAAUUUGGCAAAAAAAUCAAAGCAUUUUCUCUUCAGAGAUCAUUUUGAUAACUCUCCUAACUUUUUCUCUUAAUGAUAAAUUAAGACUGUAGGGAGAAAGUAGAUGUUGAUGACUCUUGGGGCUUAAAGGGUUAACUAUGAACUACAUCUACUGUAUUUGUUAGCCAGAAAUGUUGAGGGCCAACUGUAUCUAAUCUACCCCAUUACUAUGGCCACUGGCCGAUUUUUGGCCAUGUCCCCAAACCUUAAUUUCUUCACUGUUUACCUUUUCAAGAAAAUCAGUUGAAUUCUUGGUUAAAGCAAUCAAGCUUUUUCUUUGAAAGUCCUUCCAAGGUUACCAAUGAGUAGUCAAUGAUGUUUGUGACAAAUAUUUUCUGGAUUUUGUAUAGGGAGAAGUCAGAAUUUAACUGUAUUUGUCAUCACAUAGUUCAAAAAAGUUAAGUAUAUUAACAUCACACAUGACACUAUGCUUUUAACAUGACCGGAUUUUCACAGCCAAAGCCCAGCCUGACCAUAGUCUUUGUACUACUCCAUGUACUACUCCACUAACAAACAAAAAAUGUAUGAUAAUUUAUAGCAUUAAAUGUGCUAACAAUAGUUCUCUGUUUCCUUCCAGGGCACAAGGUCAUAACUGGCUUAUAUUCAGACAUCCAAUAGCAUCUAUGAUGCUUGCUUAUAUCUUCAUUUUAAUUCUUGUCGGUUUGUCAAGAACUAGAUUUUUCCAAAAGUUUUAUGGCAAAUAUUUUAAAGGCAGUUAGUAUAUAAUAUUAUUAGGUUUUAACUCUUGAUAGAAUUCAGUUAAAUAGGAUAAUGAUUAUUUAAAUUUAAUGUUACACUUAAAAAACAAAACGAAUUUCUAAAAUAGUGGACAAGCAUUUUCAAAGAGAUUUACUUAACACAGAAAUAGAUGUGUACACUGUUGAUGCUCAUGUGUAUGUCCCUAGAACCAUGCCCAGUGUUUGAAAAAAGUUGACCAAAGUGAAAGUGCACUAGUUUUCGGAGCUGGUUUGCAAGCACUCCACUCAAAUAAUAAAAAACAAAUACCAAUAAUCAAAACAGAACACAACAGGAUUAAAUCCCAACUGGUUGGGGGCAACAAGUUGGCCAUUUGAAUGUGGGACAACCAAGAAACAAAUCCCAAUAGCUAUCAGAGUAGGGACUCUAACAUGAGACCCCUGAUUGUGUGUCUGAAUUGCUGAUCAUUUGGCUACGCACCAACCUCUCCGUUGGGUAUUCUGUGCAGAGUAAAUGCACAGGGCUACUACUAGGGGUGGGUCUUACACCAAGUACAAGGCACGUGGAGUGACGUGUCUCUCAGACCAAUGACGCCAGGGUUAGCUUUUGCUGUCCAUAUUAAAGAGUUUGAAACAGACAAAGCUUCCUCAGCUUCGAAACUUAAAUAUGGAGACCAAAAAGUAAUUUUAUUGGGUCUGUAAGCAACCUCUAUUAUGAAACCAGGUCGUAUCAGUGGUUCUUUCUUAUUCUUCUAAUAAAUUGAGGAUAUUUUACAAAAGUUAUACAAAAAUGCUAUUUUUGACAAACCAGGAAUUUUGCUUGUCAGGCCCAGCAUUUAUAGUUGACUGUUUGGUGAAAAUUGCUUCUGACUAAUGUUAACGAUUUUACAAAUGUAUUGAAAGGUUUAUAUUUGUAACUUUUGCAGAACAAUGAAAUACAUUUUCUAAUCACCAUUAUAGGUAUAUUAAGUUCAGAUUAACUUCUAUUUAGGAGUUUUGAUAUGCUUAUAAGUUAUUUCUAUUGAUACGAUAUUACCUUUUUGUAUCAGAAUGCAGACCAACAUCAUGUAACAUAAGAAUAUAUUUUGGUUGCGCUCUUGAGGAACGUUGUAAAACUGACAUAUUUGUGCUCGUUUUCAUGACAAAAUAAAUUCACCAAAACUGGG